AUGACAUAUUCAAGCCUCAGAAAAGAAGAAUGCAAUAAUGAUGGCCUUAGGAAGAACUUCGCAAUAAAGGGCUUGGAUUUAUCAUCAAAUUCAUACUUGACCACUUCAGGUCUGAAAACGAUCCUGAAUAUUUGUCCCAAAGUGGAGAAGAUCAGGCUAUCUUCUUGUUUUAAACGCGAUAACCAACUGGAUUUAACUGAUAUCCUGGAGUGCAACAGGGGACUCGUGAACAAGAACUUAACUUGCGAACUGAAAGUAUCUAGAAAAGACGCGGUUAUCUCAAUGUUAGAGGUGUUGAAUGUACAAGAUUUAGAAAUAACUGAUGAAGUGUUAGGGAUGUUGGUGAGGAUGUGCCCUGGGCUGGCUCAUUUGGAUCUAGAGGAUUGCGACGAGUUGACAGAAGAAGGGGUAAAAGAGGUGAUAAAGCCGUGUAAAAAACUAAGAUUUUUAAGCCUUAGUGCUUGUUUGAAUGUGGAUGUCAACAUUAUAGUGUGGAUUGUGGAUAACAUCCUAUCCUUGAGACGACUCGUCUCACCAUCUUACUCAUACCCAGACGACGAAGAUCAAAAACGUUUCUUGCAGCAAGGUUGCCUUGUUAGUAAGGUCACUUUUGGGACGCAUUUUGAUGGUUGCAUACUUGAUGUACGAUGUGGGUUUGCCUGUAAUAUUCUAUCAAUAAACAAAGUUGACUUUGCUCUUUUGUAUGGGGUAGUCAAGGUUAGAGGCGCUGUGUAG